AUGAGGGCCUGGUCCUCCCCAUGGAUGUCUUCCCCACCAGCUCUGGCUCCUCUUCCGACGACAGCGAGGUGGCAGGUGCUAGGCAUGACUGCGUCUCCACCCACUCUCCGGGUCCUUCGGGCCAACACAGCAUUCACCUGCCAGGUGCGGGCCACGAGGCACCUCCGCCUGAGCGUGAGGCAUACAUAG